CAGUAAUUUGUGGGAGUUGAACGUUACGACACGUCAGCGCGACUUUCUGGUGGCAUCUCUGGAAGAUUUCUGCUAAUCAUCGCUCGGUGGCAUUCCUUUAGUUUGCUUCUCUCCGCAAGCAAGGUAAUAGAGAGCGAAUUUCUCUUGCAUGAUCUCUCUACUACCUCUUCUUCAUGAUCUAAUUAUCUCACCUUCAUCAUCACGACUCAAGCUCUGAGCUGCUGAUUCAAAUAAUCGAUUUCUCGCAAAUCAGAUCUCUUUCUCUUAGCCGGGGAGCUGAACGAUGUCUUACGCCUACCUCUUUAAGUACAUUAUCAUCGGCGACACCGGUGUUGGGAAAUCAUGCCUUCUUUUGCAAUUCACUGACAAACGUUUUCAACCUGUGCAUGAUUUGACCAUUGGUGUCGAGUUUGGUGCUAGAAUGGUUUCCAUUGACAACAAACAAGUUAAACUACAGAUUUGGGACACAGCUGGUCAAGAGUCAUUUAGAUCUAUUACAAGGUCUUAUUAUAGAGGCGCUGCUGGAGCACUACUUGUUUAUGAUAUUACAAGGAGGGAAACUUUUAAUCACCUUGCUAGUUGGUUGGAAGAUGCAAAGCAGCAUGCAAAUGCAAAUAUGACAAUUAUGCUGAUAGGAAACAAGUGUGAUCUUUCUCAUAGAAGAGCAGUGAGCACAGAGGAAGGAGAGCAAUUUGCCAAGGAUAAUGGUUUAAUAUUUAUGGAGGCCUCUGCAAAAACAGCACAGAAUGUGGAGGAGGCAUUUAUCAAUACCGCAACGCUAAUAUAUAAUAAAAUAAAGGAUGGAGUCCUUGAUGUAUCUAAUGAGGCCUACGGGAUAAAGGUUGGCUAUGGUAGCGUCCCCGGGCCAUCAGGUGGAAGAGAUGGAGCUCUUACUCAAGGUGGAGGUUGCUGCAGCUGAACUUGAGACAUGAUUUCCUUUCAAAGUAAUCCGUACUGUUUAGUUGUGGCCUUGUUCUUUCCUUCUCAUCAUUUAAUUAAAAGCUUACAUGUGUAAGUGGUGUAAAAUAUAAUGCAAUAGUCGGCAAUCACAAUUCUGGGUGUGAAUAUAGGCGUUACUCGAAUUCGUGUAAUUUUGAAGUGUUAUCUUUGGGGCGUCUUGGGUGGACAAUUCCACCUUUUGGGUUGAGGAAUUUGGCGAGAGAUUUGGCAGGUGAAUGGAAAUGACUGAAUCUUAUGUGCUCGUAUGUUUUUUCUUUUGUCACUCAA